AUGCGUCUGUUGCAUCCCCCUCCCCGUAAAAUUCUCGUCCUCAUCUCGUCCUCGGGAAAGUCGGGCAACGGCCCCCCCAAACCCAAACCCUCGUUUCCCGGACCCCUCUUCUGGACGCCCCUUCCUCACAGGGUGCCCGUUUUUGCACCAGCGGGCACCUUUUUGGGCCUUAUCGGAAAAUUUGGGCCCUCCCAAACAUUUUUCUGUUUCCCUCUGGAAUUCGCUUUAGGGGGCCAAACAUAUCAGGCCGCACUGGGUCUUCCACCCCCAGUGUCCACUGCCCAGGGGGAAAUUUGGCUUCCUAUCUACUGCCCCUCCCCCUUCAUCGUGCGGGUUUCGACGGCAAUGGGGGCCCGGGAACCGGGACGAAGGCCUCGAACUCCAAGGCCCUCGCCAGCCCACCUGCGGGUUUCCUCAGGGGGGUGCCUGCUUGACGUAGUUUUUGAAAGCGGGCUCGCCCUGCAAAGCGCCCAACAAAAACCCGCGGGCCAGGACCGAAAUCAUCUCUUCCGCACCGCAGGUCCCCCCAACCCUUCCACCGGGGGCCCCUUCGCUGUUCCAGCUGCGGGGCCUUUUCUCUUCCUGGCUCCCCCUGGGCAGAUCCCCGCCUUCUGCAGCGACCACGGGCUCCGACACAUGCGGGCGGGGCCCCCGGGAUUUCCUGCCAGGGACCCCAGGCAGACCCCUAAAUCUGACCCUCGGGCCCUUUUGGUUGGGCCAAACCCCCUCGCCCUGCCUUCUCUGUUUGAAAGCCCUUUCAAAAACUCCCCUGACUACGACGGAGGUGGCCUGGGAGGGAUUUUGUCGCCCCAAACUGGGAAAAGCUGGCAUCUGCCCGGCUGGCCAGGAAGAGAAGGCCCCGCAGCCCCGGUAACCCGCGCUAAGGGCCCCGCGGUGGAAAUGUUUGGGGCCCUCUGCCGCCAUCCCCCAAAUGCCUCUUACACCAGCGUGGCGGAAAGGGUUUGA